UAAAUACAAUAACAUAUGUUUUUUUUUAUUAAUUUUUAUGGUAUAUGCAAUCAUUCAUUCUAUUACUAAUGUAGUUUUAUUUCAUUAGCCUUAGGAUCUUUUUAGUAAUGCAUGAAUAAUAUUGCAUUAGUUUAGCUAAUAAAACAUCUGAACAGUCGAAGAAAGUGAAAAAUAAGUACAUAUACGCUUAAAUGAGCUGGCAGGUCGUGGAAAUUAGUAGUGUAGAGGAGAAUCUCUCAACGCUUAAUUCUAUGAAGCCUAAUCUACUAAAUUCAUAGACACUUCGCCAGCAUCUACAUAUGUAUAUGGUCACUGGCUCUCUUAGGCUCAUAUAGAAAAGUUUCAAAUUUCAGACAAAGCCGUAAUGGGUAUAAUGCUUUCUUAUAUUAUGCGAAUACCCUAAACGACAGUUGUGUUGGUGCUGAGAACCACACAACAAGACAUACUUCUCACUAAAUGGUAUCGGAAACAUAAGCUUUUGUACAAUACUUCUGCUAAACUCUCGCCCACGACAUAUCCAAUGUAUAUUCUCCUGAGGUACAUAUGUUCCCCUUGUACUUUAAACAACUUCCCACUUUUAGCUGUUUCUAACAUAGUCUGGUCUAUGUAACCGAAAUGUAUCAUUAUUUUUAAUUGAACGAGAUUCUUCGCAUUAACAAACUAUAAAUUAAACACUACUAUAACGCUUAAUUGUGCGCCCAUUUAUUUAACAUCCAUACUUUUUUUGUCAAAAAAUUUAUUGUAGUGGCUAACGGUUAGAUGACGAUCUUUAAUUAAAUUAUUUUUAAAUGUACAGCUGAUAGUCAAUGAAAUUGUAUAUAAAUUAAAAAUUAAUAUUAGUUUUUCAUUGACGCCUUGUGUCUAAUGUCAAAUUGUACUAAAAACAUCUAGAACGUGCAACACUGUGUCUUCCUGUUUUUAAUGUCAAAAAAUAUUUCAGCUGAUCAAUAGCAGUGUUGGCAAUGCCGUCAGUUUCUUAAGAAAUCUCUCGUAAUAAACUACAAUAUUGUGUGCGUGUUUUCCUCAAAAAUUUUCUGUGACUAAUCGGUUUAAUGCAUUAAUAUUUAUUAAAACACGAUUUGAUAUCAAAAUUGAAUGUAAAGGAAAAUGUAUUGAAAUUCAUUGUAUAAAACAAAAGGUGUAUUUCGCGGAGGAAAGAAGUGCGUUGUGUAGUAGAAGUUGUAUCACAAUCGCUUUGACUUUACAUCUUUGUGGGAGGAGCGUAAAUUCAGCGACAUUUCCAAAAAAGGCAAUUUAAUUAAAUUGUUAAUUCCAUACACACACACAUACCUAUUUUGUAUACACCCACAUUGUCGAAAAACAAAUAGACGUCACCGUGGCUAAGGGAAAUCGAAAAUCGUACACCUCCACAACCGCUGCCAUCACUAGUAAAGCCCGCAAAAUGGCAUCUACCGGCGAUAUUUGGUUACAAUGGUUCUCCUGCUGUUUUCAUCAACCACAAUCACCGUCACGGCGACGCCACCAACGUCUGCAUAUCGAUCGUUCGAUGAUCGGUAAUCCAACGAAUUUUGUACACACUGGACAUAUCGGUUCUGCCGAUGUAGAACUCUCCACGAAUCAUUUGAAUGCAUUACAAACUCAAAUGCAGAGCAAAGGUGGCUACGAAAUGAACUCGAUACGAUUGCAGGCCUGCUGAUGUUGAUGAAUGCUGACGAAGCUCCUGAUACCACUAGCAGUAUGGCACUUAUUGGUGGAUUUUCGAACAACACUGGCACGGGCGCUUCAUAUAUAGAUAUUAUGUAAAUAUUUACAUACAUACAAUAUUUGGCCCAAUCAGCGUAGUGCAAUCAACUGAAUCUCGCGUAUGCAUACAUACAUAUUUAUAAGGAAUUUAAAAUACGCACGCAACGAUUUAUGGUAUUCAACUAUUAUGUAAUACAUUUAUAUUUAAUAACUACUUAAAAUGUACUGUAAUAAGACUUUAAAUUUAAAAAGUGAGGAGUUGUAAUGAAUAUUUUAACAUACUAAUUUUAAAUUUUUUAUAGCAUAACAUUUACCUUACUCGGAAAAAAAUUAGUUAUUAAUUUUAGCUCCUAGCGACAUUUUCCAAAUGGUUUGCACUCUGCCCCGACAAUAAAGCAGCCUUCAUAACAAGGCAGCAAUGCUUAGCUUAUUUGCGUAAAUAUAUACUACUUUUAAUAUUUUUCUCUCAAAUAACUGUGUAAUCGAAUAUUUAUAUUUUAUGAGAUAAAUUUAAAUAUUGUAAUAAAGCUAUUUUAUAAUGAAAAGGAGCUAAUUUAUAUUCGAGUAAAGUAAAUGUCAUUAAGCCGUUGUUGGUGUUUGUAGGAAUUGCAAAAACGUGAUGACUUUCGUUUGCACAAUUUGCAAGUCUACAAGCGCCUUUCAACUAAUUGACUACAGUGGAGGAGUAAUUUAUUUGAUUUUUACUUACUAUAUAUUAAGUGUAAGGUGUGUGAAAAUACACUUGUGAACAAAAUGCUUUUUGAAAGCAUAUACAUAGGUAACGUAUGUAAGAGAUUACGUACAUGAUAUGUGCCUUUCAUUUUAUAAUGAGUUAAUUUUGUUUUUAGAAAAAUUAUGCAACAUUAUUUAGAUUGAUUUUUUUUUUUUUUUCAUUCUUAAUAACGGCCAAAAUUAAGCGGAAAUAUAUAAUUAAAAAUUUUGAUUGAAAAUUCUAUGCGCACUAAUACGCAUGUACUUAAAAGUAAAAGCACAUCAAAGCUUUUUACAUUUCGAACAAAUUUAUUGCAAAUGUUGCAGCGAAGAGUGAAUAAAGGAAUAACGGAUUUUGAAUGCGGAUUGUACAAUAUUACUAGAAUUUUGAAUUUUAACACAGCCAAACUUCAGUUCAAGUGAACUGAAAGCAUUUCUUUACAAAUACAAAUACAAAUAUACAUAGAUCGGACAGUGUUAAAACAUAUGAAAAGCUUAUAUAAAUAUAAAAAAUAGCGAAAAUAGUGGUAACAGAUGAAUUGUUGAAUUUCCUAAAUGCAUUUACACGCACAAUCAAUCAUACAGAAAUACAAACAUACUUAUAAAAAUUCAUAAUAAAUAAUUCAAGCGUAUAGUACAUAUCCUGAUAUGUAACUAUUUAUAUAUAUAUAUAUAUAUUUAUUAUGUACUAAUUACAAUAUAGAAAGCGAAUUAAUAAUUUUCGUAUUAACUUAACGAUAAAUUUUACUUCCCACUGGCAAAAAUUGUGUAAACUUCUUUUAUAUUAUGAAAUUUGAAUUGUAAAAAGGAUAUAAACGCAGAGUUGUAGCUGCAAAAAUAUUGUAUUAAAUUAAAUAUGAGAUUGUAUAAUAGAUAAUUGAUUUGCAUGAAAGAGAAAAUUUUCGAAUUUUACAAAUAUACAUACAUAUAUGCAUGUUUAUAUAAUAAUUAACCGGUAACAGUUAUAUUUUAACCGAAUUUGAAUUAUUUGGACACGAAAUUAAGCAAUUGAAACCAUUAUACGUAACUUAUGAUGAGCACAAAUAAAAUGGUGAAGUCGAAUUUUUACAA